CCGCGGGCCGAGCAGACCGCACCGCUCGUGCUGUGUACACGCCGCACCACCGUGCGACGCAGCUUCCGCCGGCGCGGGACCAGCAUGAAAGUGCGCUGACCGAUGCGGGACUCCCAGCACUACGUCAUCAUGGGAACAGAUGAAGGCUGCGGUGACGUCAUGACGGCGGAGGAAAAGGCAGCGGAAAUGAGGGAAGAGCUGGGAGACUGCACGCUGCCCCAGUCGACCGUCAAGUCGGAGAAAACCUCCACCACGGGCCUGCGGUGCGCGGCGCCCGCCUGCUUCUGCCCUUCCUUCUGCCCCGGCCAGGAGGUGAUGCGGUCCUGCGACUCCUGCGGGCACGGCUGGCUGUCCCACGCGCUUCCGCAACUGCCGCACCAGAGCGACGUGGAACACGCGGCCUCCCUGGUGCUCUACGGCUGCCAGGCGCUACCCAUCCGGCUCAAGAUCCUGCUGGACAGGCUCUUCUCCAGCGUCGGCCGUCGACAGCUGGCCCAGCUGCUGCUCCAGUUCGGCUGGACGCUCGACGACUACGCUCGCGGCUACAUCGUCCGGGACGCGUGCGGCGAGCGGCUGGACUCGUGGCAGAUGUGCUCGGCGGAGGAGGAGUCGGCGCUGGUGCGCGCGUGCGUGCGCUUCGCGGACACGCACUCGCUGGCGCUGCAGCUGCUGGCGGCGUGCGACGGGCCGCCGCCCCACGCGGGGGUGGGCGCCGCCGCCCACCACACGGCGCACGCGCUGCCGCCCUCGCCCGCCAGGACGUCGCCGCCCGCCUCCCCGCCCCAUGCCGCCCCCAGCAAGGUGCGGCUGCCGCCGCUGGAAGUCCUGCAGGACGCCUCCCCUUCCCCGCUGCUGGCCGCUUCCCCCUCGCCGUCGACGUCCGCGUCGUUGUGGCCGGGCGCGCGCGGCAGCUCCACCCCCGCCGUCCUGGCGUCGCCCGGCGCCAGCAUUUCCGACGGCGGAUCCUCGGAAGAGUGUAACGGCGCUUACGAGACUGCGCUCGACCUGAGCCGGGAUGGCUGCUCACCGAGGCCAAAAUCGGGCUCCGGGAAAACGGGCAAGGCGUCCGGCUGGAACUCCAGAAGCGGAGGCUUGAGUGCGACGGAGCUGCCGUCUGGCGGUUCCCAAGGGAAGCCUGCGCUGGGCAAGAAGCGAGUCCAGUGCAACGUCUGCCUCAAGACCUUCUGCGACAAGGGCGCGCUCAAGAUACACUUCUCGGCCGUCCACCUGCGCGAGAUGCACAAGUGCACGGUGGAGGGCUGCAACAUGAUGUUCAGCUCGCGGCGGUCGCGCAACCGCCACAGCGCCAACCCCAACCCCAAGCUGCACCAGCUGCAGUUCCGGCGCGCCGACCUCGCCGUGCGCUACCCCAGCCGCUCGCCCGCCGACGCCGCGCCGCCCGGACUCGGCGUUGCCGGCGCCGUCGACGUCGGCGUGGGUGGCGUCAGCGCGGAAGACACGCUGACCCGCGUGCUCAGCCUCAGGCUGCUGCAGGGUGCGAGGCCAGAGCUCAGGUUCGAGGACUCGACGCAGACUGCGCAGGCGCACACGUCCUCCGAGGACUCGUCUAUGUCGCCCAAGAACAACGGCGCGGCCUACGAGGGCGAGUCCGACGCCGACACCAAGGCUGGGGCCGGGGACGGCGAAGCGGACGAGAAGCCGGAGCCCAGCUGGCUGAAGCGCCUGCAGAGGCGGUGGCAGCAGGAGAGCGGCGAGGAGUCGCCCAAGUUGACCGCUCCCGAAGACGCGUCUGCGGCCGAAACGCCUGCCGCCGCGCCCGAGCCGCCGCAGAGGGGGACGCGCAAGCGGAAGAGCCAGCACCCCACGCGCUGCGCCGCCGUCGCCGGCGAGAGGCCCGCCAAACUCUUCGCCUCGGACUCGCUCUCCUCGGAGGACGACUGCCGCCUGUAGUGAAACUCUGCAACUCUGUUCAGAAUAACUUCAGGGCUGACACUUCCGCAGGAGCACGAAUAGGCGCGGAACAGAGAUACCGCGUCGCGUACGGAGCACGUUGCAGUCUCCUGUUCGAUAUAGACUGGUCGAACUCGCGAGCUGGCACCAAUGUGUCGUGACCGAGCGAGGUGGCGCAGUGGUUAGCACGCUGGACCGGUAUUCGGGAGGACGACAGUUCAAACACGCGUCUGGCCGUCCUGAUUUAUGUUUUCCGUUUUUUCCCGAUAUUGCUUCUGGCAACUUCAAGGAUGGUAUCUUUGAAAGGGCACAUCCAACUUCCUUUCAAUCCCUCCCAAAUCCGAUGGGACUGAUGACCUCGCUGUCUGGUCCUCUCCCAGAAAUCAACCAACCAACCAUCAAUGUGUCCUGCAGUGUUGUUAUCUCAAUUUUUCUUACUACAGCGAAUUUUUAAAAUCCUAUGCAGUCAAUGUUACUGAGACGUACUGACUCCCAGGUUUAUCUAAGAAAUGAUGUACGCUGAAGCAAUGAGUUAAAAUUUGUACCAGCGCCAGGACUGGAACCUGGGUCUUCGCUUAACGAUCGAUACAUCACCUACGCCUGAGGUACAGGCAGGACGAACCCCAUUUGUCUCGCUGCUGAGGUGCUGUUCCAAUAUCGGAGAGUCUCGGCAAUACUGAUGCGAGUUCAGAAGGAGAACAAAAAUGGGUUGAGGAGUGAGACAGAAUUUGUAUCAGGGAGGGAGACGCAUAAGGUAGUCCAUGAAGGCAUGGUAGAGUGCCAGUGUGGCGCGAUCGAUAGCGCAUCUGCCUGAAAAGCGGGAGACCUGGGUUCAAAUGCCAGUCCAGGAACAAAUUUUAACUCGUCGCUACUGCCUACAUCAUUACUGUAAACUUUUAAAACGGUGACGGGAAGUUUUCGAAAACGUAUUUCCUCUCUAUGUUACCGAAUUUUCGACAAGCGAAAAAUUUUGUUGUUGCUGAAGUUAGGUGGACACACCAUUGUUGACAAAGCUGUCCACUUUAGUCUAUCUUGUGCACGCCUCUUCAUCUCUUCUACAUAACCACUGCAUCUACAGCCAUUUCAACCUUCUUAGUGCAGUAAACGCUUGCUUUUCCUCAUCAAUUUUUACCUCCGACACUUCCCUCCAUUACUGAAAUAAUGACUCAUUGAUGCCUCAGUACGUGUCCUAUCAGAUGACCCUUCUUUUAGUCAAGCUGCAUAUAUUUUCUCCCGAUUGUACGCAUAUGUCGCCAUUCGUUAUUCGCUUUAUCAGUAUUUAGCAUUCUUCAGUAACGCCACAUUUAAAAACCCAUUCUCUUCUUGUCUCAAGUGCUAAUAGUGUACAUUUCACCUUCGUUCCUUGCUACGCUCCAGACAAACACCCUGAGAAAACACUUUCUGACACUUAGAUUUAUACUUAUUUUAACCGGUUCAUCUUUUUUUUCCAGAAAUUCUUUUCUUACUGUAGCCAGUCUGUAUUUAAUGUUCUCUCUGUUUCAACUAUUAUCACUUACUUUUCUGACAAGAUAGCGUAACUUGUAUAGUCUCAUUUCCUGAUUUAAUUCUCACAGUUCCACCCUAUUUCGUUCGUCUAUAUUUUGUUAUCUUUGCUUCACUAUUUUAUAACCAUUUGAUAAUACCUUUUCAAAACACAUUCCAUUCCGUUCAAUUGAUCUUCGGAGACCUUAACGUCUCUGCCAAAAUUACAAUGUCACUGUCAAACAUCAAAGUAUUAGUUUAUUCUCCAAGACUCAAAUUGCCUUUACAAAUUUGUCCUUGCUUUACCUCUGAUGAUGUACUGAUGGAAUAACAUCGGAAAUAGCUUGCAAUCUACUCCCACUCGGUUCUCAAGUAUUAUUUCCUUUUCACGUUCUUCAAAUCACAACUAUAGUCCAAUUUCUGUACACGUUGUAGUUAACCUUUCGCUCUCUGUGUUUUACGUGUGCUAACGGUACCGAAUUUUCGACAAGCAAGGCACUUUUUUUUGUUAUUGAAGAUAAGUGAACAAAUUACGCUAACAAAAUCCUAAGGAUAGAUCGUAUUUUUAUGUGCUCCAAAUCCAGCAGCGUCAAUGAAUGCCAAUAAGAAGUAAUAUGAAUUAAAUGUCAAGCAUGAUGCUCCACUUGCUCAUCAAGUGCUAUCUCAUCACUUGUUUUGGUUUCAUUAUGGGAUACUGAUCAAUACGUGUGUAAGUAACAUGUUAUUAUCACGCGAAAAACAGCAAAUUCCAUAGAUGAACAUCCGCAUAGUGCAAAUGGGAAUUAUUUUAUUUGGGGGGGGGGGGGGAGGAGUGAGGUUGUGGAUGAACGUUUCGCAACCAGGGUUUGUUGCUGCGGCUACUGGACUCGUGGGAUUGGCCUUGCCUCCUAUCUGGGUCUCAACCAUUUCCUUCGAAGGUGUCACUCCUAAAGGAAUUCUGAACAGAGUAUUGACUCCCGCGGAGCUCCACAACCGUGUACCACACAAACUGCUGCCACCGAGU